CCCCCACCCCCGCCCCGCUCCUCCUCCUGCACACCAGCCUUUCUCGUUGCCUCAGUCACUUCCUUUCUCAGCCUCUUCCUCCCUGGUGCGCUGAAGAUAACCUGGUCCGGCCGACGCUGCACCAGUUUUUCAUUGGAAAAGAAAAGGAGGCGGAGAGGCAGCAAUGAAUGUGGAUCAUGAAGUUAACCUUCUAGUGGAGGAAAUUCAUCGUCUGGGUUCCAAAAAUGCUGAUGGGAAGUUAAGUGUGAAAUUUGGGGUCCUCUUCCGAGAUGACAAAUGUGCCAACCUCUUUGAAGCAUUGGUAGGGACUCUCAAAGCUGCAAAACGGAGGAAGAUUGUUACGUACCCAGGAGAGCUACUUUUGCAAGGUGUUCAUGAUGAUGUUGACAUUAUAUUGCUACAAGAUUAAUGUGGUUUGCGUAUCAUUGUGUAUUGUUAUUUUUUGUUUCUGGUAAACUGGAAUAUUUUCAAGUAAAAGGACAAAUAUAUGAGCAUACUUAAUGUAUUUUUAUAGAAAUUUGUAAGCAAAAGGAGACUCAUUUUAGAAGUCUCCUUUUUUAUAUCUUGAAAGAAAAUUUUUGUAUCGUGCUGUAAAAUCAACAAAAACUUAUUAUUUUUCUCAGGAAUCUGUUUGGAAAAUAUAGGCAUCAAGGCUUUUUUGGUGGGCAUGUGAGAAUGUUUCAUAAAUCAUUCUUAGACAAUUCCUAUAGAUAUUUGACAUUCUGUGAAACAAAAAGCAGAGAAAAACCAGCUCCCACAAGGAAUAGAUUAAUGUUUAUGUAAUAAAAACAUGUAACUAUCUUAAAA